CGUUCUCUCCGUCUCUAAGCAGAGCGUCCACUACGCCCUCCGGCGCGGCAUAACACAAUGGCACCUUACGUAGGUUUGGAUUCGGGACCUUGGUGUAAGAAGUGUUGGAGAAUGCUGAUGCACGAGCUAUAGGAGCAAUGAGUUCAAGGACCUGAAAUGCAUGAACUUCACCUCCAAGGGCACGCGAGAGAUCCUUGUCGCAGGAUGCCAGGAUCAGAUGUUCAAAGUAGACGUGGAGAAGGGCAUAAUCACCGAGACUCUUCCAGCUGAAGCCCAGUACACCAUCAUGAAGCGUGCCGGCCAAUACAUAUGCGCAGCUACCAAGAAUGGCGGCAUACAUAUCCUGGACUCGAACUCGCUCUCAAAUAUCAAAGCUUUCGACGGACAUACUGGUAGUAUUAGUGAUAUGGACGCAAAGGGAGACUUCCUGGCGACAUGUGGCUGGUCUCCUAGGCAGCAGAACGCCUACAUGCUCGACCCGUUCACACAUGUCUUUUCGUUGAAGACGUUGAAGCAGCUGCCUCCGAUCCCUUUCCACACUGGCGCCGCUUUUGUUCGAAUGCACCCUCGCAUGUCGACUACUGCUAUCAUUGCAUCGCAUAAUGGGCAGAUGCAGGUCAUUGACCUGAUGAACCCAGAUGCUGCAAACCUACGACAGAUCAACCUAUAUGACUCUUACCUACAUGGCUUCGAGAUGGCGCCCUCGGGCGAAGCUUUCGCCUUGUCCGAUAGCAACGGGCAAGUUCAUCUGUGGGGUUCCCCUUCGAAAGUGCACUUUCCAGAAUACAGUAAUCCUACCGAGUUUGCUGAUCAUCAUAUACCACCACCUGCCAUGGACUGGUCUCCAGAUACACCCCUCAAUACAGUUGGCAUGCCAUACUACAAAGAGAACCUUCUAUCUGGCUGGCCAAGCCAUUUGGUGUACGAAGUAGGAACACCGCCACCAAAGAUUGAUGCCUCUAUUUUGAGCGGUAUGUCGCGAACCGAGAUGGGCUUCUUUGCAAAGAACCCUCGAACGAAGAGGAGAAACCAAGCCGAGUCAAGACGGCAUUCAGACCGUAUCACAGAAUCUCUGUCGGCACCCAAGUUUCUGAGCGAACAAUCCCGUGCAGUGCAAUCGUACAACAGCGACACUGAUGCUAAGGCGAUUGAAACAAUGGAAUCGUUGACAGACCUGCAUUUGGAAGACGUCACACGGAAAGAAGUACCUUCAAUGUACGGCAAUGUGGAGAUCAAGUACAGCAAAUUUGGCGUCGAUGAUUUCGACUUCGCGUACUAUAAUCAAACACCUUACUCAGGGCUGGAGACUCACAUCGCCAAUUCGUACGCUAACUCCCUACUGCAGGUGUUACGCUUCACACCACUGAUCCGGAAUAUUGCACUGCAUCACACUGCAUCAGCGUGUUUGUUCGAGUCGUGUAUUCUGUGCGAGCUGGGGUUCUUGAUAGACAUGCUCGAGAAGGCUGCAGGACUGAACUGUCAAGCUUCUAACUUCCUGAAGACAUUCAGCAGUCUCUCCAAUGCAGCAUCUCUCAAUCUCUUGGAAGAGUUUGCACCUAAUGUUGCCCUCACGACUAUGGUACAGAAUCUCAAUCGAUUCUUGUUGGACAAGAUGUCAGAUGAGGUCCGACAGAUGCUACCAACCAAUUCAGGGCCGUCGCCGAUGGAUCACAUACUGGAGACUCAAGCCAGAGCAAGCAUGCGAUGUGCGCAGUGCGCGAACGAGACCGCGCGUGGCGGAAAGAACUUCGUCAAUGAGCUUGUCUAUCCUGCGAAACACGUUAUGAAGAACACGAGAAUACCGCGCCCGACCUUCUCUCAGAUCCUCAAGGCUAGCGUCGAACGCCAAGACCAGACUCGAGGGUGGUGCACCAAGUGCAACAGAUAUCAACAAAUGGUGCAGAGGAAGACAAUCCAGACCAUACCAGGAGUUUUGAUGCUCAAUGCAGCGAUCCAGAGCCAUGAAGCCAAGUUACUUUGGUCGAUACCGAACUGGUUGCCGCAAGAGAUUGGCAUCAUUGUAGAUCAAGGCCAGUUCUAUUGCUUCGAAGGCCAGGACCUGAAGUUGCACUUGCAGCGAGGCGUAUUCGACAUCAUGGUCUUUGAGCUGAUAGGCGUUGUCGCCGAUAUCAAUAGUGGAGAGCAUCAAAAGCCACACCUUGUUGCCACCAUUAACACUGCUCCAUCAUCGCGAGAAGCGACAACAGAAGAUAAGUGGCAUCUGUUCAACGACUUCUUGGUCAGGCCAAUACCGAAAGAAGAGGCGCUGCGCUUUGAGCCUGGCUGGAAGCUGCCUUCCGUACUCACCUACCAGCUUAAGGCAGCAAGGAACAAAAUCGACGACUCUUGGAAGAACAAUCUUGAUACUUCCAUCCUCUACAGAUGGUGGUCAGCAAAUCCUGCGCCUUGUGAGUCUAAGUUCAAGCUCCUGGAACUACAACCAGAAGCGCCCAAGCCCGGCUAUCCCGUUGCUAUCGAUGCAGAAUUCAUUCGUCUUCAAGCUGAAGAAAUAGAAAUGAAGGCAGACGGAACUCGGCAAACUAUCCGUCCCGAUCGCAAGGGCCUCGCCCGUGUGUCCGUAUGUCGUGGCAGUGGGGAGCUCGCAGGCGUACCUUUCAUCGACGACUAUAUUGCAGUCAGCGAAUCCGUCGUCGACCAUUUAACCGCUUGGUCAGGUAUCUCUCCCGGGGAUCUGAAUCGAGAGACCUCACCUCACGCACUCGUCAGUCUUAAACACGCUUACAAGAAACUCUGGCUCCUGCUCAACCUGGGUUGUGUCUUCGUUGGCCACAGCUUAGCCAAUGACUUCCGCACAAUCAACAUUCAUGUGCCUAAGAACCAGGUCGUUGAUACGAGCAAUCUGUUUUUCCUUCCGGAGUAUAAGCGCAAACUCAACCUGAAGUUCCUCGCGUGGUGCGUCCUCAAAGAGAGUAUCCAGCAAGACACUCACGACUCGAUCGAAGAUGCCACCACCGCACUAAAAUUAUGGCGGAAGUACGAGGAAUUCGUGGACGCAGGCGUGCUGGAACAGAUGCUCAACGACAUCUACGCGACAGGCAGUCAGUACAGGUUCAAGGCCCCCGGGAGCGGGGGCGCGAACAUAGGGCAGGGCAUCAUGGGAAUGGUGAGCCAGGCGGGUACGGGGAGGAACACACCCGAGCCGCUGACGACCCCAAAAAAGGGUGGCAUGUUCGGGGCUAUAGGGUUCCGGAGUCCCAUGAGGUGAGUACGAGAUGUCUAGCUGUUGGGCAAUGUUGGAUAACGAUACGCGAGUCUUCUUUACCUACAAUCUGUCACUGAGAAAAAGAUCAAUCAUAUGCAUUUUGACCUCCAAGCGAGAAGAUUCGAAGGCUUGCGUGACUCGACUGUUGAGAGGUUGUAACUCACGUUCUGUUCACGUGCACAGGGGCCCGAGGCUGCACGGCC